AUGUCCGAUUACAGCUUGUUAUCAAACCACCCAAAACCAGACUUUACCUUCACCUACGGGACGGCAGGGUUCAGAAUGUUGGCAUCGCGUCUCGAUUAUGUCGUCUACACCGUGGGCAUUCUCGCCGCCUUGCGGAGCAAAUACUUGAAUGGUGCCUCUGUUGGGGUCAUGAUCACGGCAUCGCAUAACCCGCCGCCAGAUAACGGGAUCAAAAUGGUCGAUCCGACAGGCGACAUGCUCGAGCAAUCGUGGGAGAAGUACGCGACUGAAUUGGCCAACGCGUCGCACACCGAGUUACCACAAACGGUUGCCGACUUGGUUAAGACCUUGUCAAUCGAUUUAAGCAUCCCCGCAUCUGUGGUUAUUGCCAGAGACUCCAGAGACUCUGGCCCUGCGCUUCUCCAGUCCACAAAGGACGGGAUCUCCGUCUUCAGCGGGGAGAUUGCGGAUUUCGGCUUACUAACCACCCCGCAGUUGCACUACUUGACCAGAUGUUUCAAUGACAAGGCGUUUGGGACCCCUACCGAGCAGGGUUAUUUUGAAAAGGUUGCUGCGUCGUACCAGGCUAUCUACCAGCUUUAUGGCUUCACCUCCAAGCGCGCUAUUACCAUUGACGCCGCCAACGGUAUUGGUGGCCCAAAGAUCACGGACAGCUUGGCGUCGCUACUUGCGAAUGAGAUUGAGUUCACCGUUGUUAACAACGAGUUCACCACCCCGGAAGCGUUGAACUUUUCCUGCGGUGCCGACUUUGUCAAAACCGGUCAGAAGUUGCCUGCAAACGUCCAGCCAUCGCCUAACACGUUGUACGCGUCUUUUGAUGGAGAUGCCGACCGUGUGGUGUGUUACUACGUCAACGGUAUCGGCCAGUUCAGACUCUUGGACGGUGACAAGAUCGCCACGUUGCUUGCCAAGUUUAUGCAGGAAACCUUGGCCCAGACCUCGCUCGACAUCACCAUUGGAGUCGUGCAAACGGCCUACGCCAACGGCUCGUCUACUGACUACGCUACUCAGAAGUUAAGCUUGCCAAUGGCGUGCACUGCCACCGGUGUCAAGCACUUGCACCAUGCCGCGAAGGAGUUUGACAUUGGUAUCUACUUCGAAGCAAACGGCCACGGUACCGUGCUCUAUAGCCCAGAGACUAUCGAAAAGUUGACACUGUUCGCUUCCCAGAACGCAGAGGAGACUAAGCUUGUUCUGACAUUGUUGCACUUGUCGGACUUGAUCAACCAGACCGUGGGAGAUGCCAUUGGUGAUUUACUCGCGAUCGUAAUUUUGUGUCAGAUCAUGGACAAGUCACCGGAGCAGUGGGACAACGAGUACACCGACUUGCCAAACGCAUUGGACAAGUUGUUGGUUUCUGACAGGUCGUUGUUCACCACGACCGAUGCCGAGAGAAAGUUGGUAACCCCGGCUGGGUUGCAGGGCAAAAUUGAGGCGGUGUACACGAAGUAUCCGCGCGGUAGAAGUUUCGUGCGUGCCUCUGGGACCGAAGACGCCGUGAGGGUGUAUGUAGAGGCAGAGAAGGCCGGAGAUGUGGCCUCUAUUAUGGAGGAGGUGAAGAAGGCUGUGCUUGAAGCGUCCAAGUAGGGUGAGUUCUGGCGAGGUCGAACUGGCAAGCUCGAGUUUGAUAUAUAGAAUGGUUUACAUUGAGAAAUACGUGUAAGUGAAGGGCAAAAGAACCUCCACCAAUACGAGAAGUAUUCCUGUUUGAAUCGAUCCUUUCUAAUCAGCUGGCGUUUU